AUGAUCAAAAUGGCGCCUGGAACAACAACACAGGUAGGAAGUUGGCAAAGUUUACCCGAAAAAGGUUCCUAAAUACUUAAAUCAGUCAGAGAUAAUCUUCUAGAAUUUGCAUAAAAUAAUCGUAUUUUAUUGAAAUCCUGUCGGAAAGUAUGUUUCGCUUCUUUAUACGCUGAUUUUCUCGCUUGAAAAAUCAUUAGGAAAAUCGAGCGUCUAUUUAUUUUGAAGCGGAUUGUGUUGCUAAGGAAUUCGAGAAGCCCACCUUGAGCUGCAAAUAAUUACUAAAACGCAGUGAUUUGUUUUUCCCUCGAUAAUUUUACCUUCUUCGGUGCUUAAGGAAUGUGAAUUGAGUUCAUUUCAGCUGGUUCAACCGCAGCUGAAGAACAAAUAUAAUAUUACCGUCUGGAAAGUAAUGGGAAAAUUCAUUUCUUUUGUAGGUCUUGCAUUUCAAACAGAAAUGAUCUGUAAAAUUAAUAAUAUUUCGAGGAAAACAAAACUGUUUUAGUUUAGGGGAAAUAAGAAACAGUGCUGAAUUUCUUAAGUUUUAUAUUUAAUUUGCAGCCCAACUCGGACAUUCCUCACUUGUAAAACCAUCGACUGACCAACUGCAAAUACGCUUUUCAAUCAACCAUCAGUAUGCAUUUUCUAUAUGAGGUUCCUUAUACAUUUCUUAAAAAUUUGUUCAGCAAUCAAGAGCUUCUUUAGGUGGUGAUCAUUUCCCUUAUUCUCAUAACCCUAAUGAGGGAUCGUUAGGAGAAAUUAGAUGCAAGUCACUCAUUUGGUUUUAGGGUUAAGUCUUUCUGUCUUAAUUGUCUGUGAUAUUUAGAGAUCAGUUUUGAAAAUUCUCAUACAAUAAAAAAGCCAAACUGCAAACAACUCUCAAUUUUAAAUUAUUGUAAGUUGUAAGUCUUAUCUUCAAUAAAAAUUGUUUCAUUCAAGGGACUUGUAACAUACAUUUUGCUCUGUUCAUCGUUCUACUCUAGGAUGCCAACAAUGAGAAUACUGAAGGGCAGCAGAGCAAUACAAUUAUCUUUAAUGCAUCCAAGGGAGAACUGUUCACGCCAAAUAAUGGUUUUAAAUCACUGGUCAGAAAACUGAGAUCCAAUUGGAAAGUUAUUACGUAUGUACAUAUAUACUACUCUUGCCAUUAACUAACAUUCAAGAAGACACUUAACCCCUAACACUCUAACAUCAAAGUACAUAUUCUCCACACUGUUCUCUGUACAUCUUCUCUGAUAAUGAGGAGGAGAAUAUGUUUAUCAAUCAAGAACUUCCUAUGCUGGCAAUCAUUACUAUUUGAUUCAGUGACAAUGCUGUUAGGAGAAAUUACAUGAUAGUCACCCUGAGGGUUCAAAGGUUGAAGUGAACAGAAGGUCCCUACAGCUAUCAUGUAUUUUUUUUUAUCAAAUACAAGUUGACAGGCAAUUUUAAAAUCAGUGGAAUGGAAACGGUUAAAUAUGUAUCCCCUAUAGUAAGGAUAUAUAAUAAUUAUAUGUUUCUAACUUUCACAAUAUUGUGUUCAACUUGUGUGAAUAUUAUAAGUGGUUUCUAAUAAGGCUUGUCUUUAUAACACUUUUGCUCACUAUUUUUAUUUACAACUUCAAUAGUAACAAAGAUGAAAUUACCUUGGAGAGAAUUUUAACAGCCAAACUAAUCAUAUUUGGAGGACCAAGAAGAAAGUUUACUGCUUCUGAGGUAAUAUAUGAGCUAUCACUGAGUACAUGACUUAUAGAAAUUUCUUUAAGAAUAGUCAAAUUAUUUUUCUUGAAAUAUAUCCCAGCCUCUCCCCCUGAGGGUGUUAAUUUUAGCCCUCUCACUCAACUCCUCUAAUAAUUGCACCUUAUUCCGACCUGUUCCAUUUGAUUAUUUUGGUUUUGAAGAGAAUAUUAAGUCAAUGGUGAGUAUAUAUAAUUAUAUAAUAAAGCAACCUACCUUGCCAAAUGCAAGUAAGAUGCUAGUCAUAUAUUUCUCCCCCUCCCUACUUGGAAGUCCUGUUUAUGUGGCUCAACAGUGAAAGAAGAAAUGAUGAAAUGACACUUUUUUUUUCUGUUUCAGUUUGAAGCACUAAAGCAGUACAUCGAAAAAGGAGGAAGCCUUCUGAUCCUACUGGGAGAAGGAGGAGAGAGUCGUUUUGACACUAACAUCAACUUCCUGAUAGAAGAUUAUGGAAUCAUGGUGAAUAAUGGUCAGUAUGUAACAGCUGUACACCAUUCAAACACUUCUUACAGACGUUUUUUAAAAUUUUACCUAGUCCCUCUUAUGUAACCUUUUGCCAAUUUGUCAGGUGUCCCUAGAAGUUGAUCUGUAGUAUCCUUUUACAUUCCUAAGGUAAAGGAAUCACUGUGAGAGUAAAGUAUAUAGCCCAUGAUAACUACACAAUGAUCCCUGUGACACCUAUUGUGUACACACAAAAUUUGCCACAGCAUAGGUGUUGCUUGUUGUUGUCAUUGUUUUUCAACUGCAAAAUUAUCUUGAUCCACAGACUCAGUUGUGAGAACUGUGUAUUACAAGUAUUUCCAUCCCAAGGAAGUUUUGAUUUCGAAUGGAGUCCUCAACAGGUAAGUCAUGACUAAGAUAACUUCUUACUAACCAAGGAUGAGGGCUGUAUUGAAGAGUAUUGGCCCAAGGUUGUGGCAGUAUGAACUGAGUGCAACUAGGACUGGCCAAUAUUACUCAGUGCGGCUUGAGCGAUCAAGGUUCAGAAAUAUUCUAUUAUAUAGCACUCACAGAAACUUGUUUAUUUUGAAUUUGUGAGCUUUUGUGAACAUAAAUACAUAGCUAAUGACAGUUUCUGUGGAAAUGUUCUGUAUGGCAAAAUACUAACCAAGUAAGACCACAUCAGAAUGUUGGGAUUUACCUCAGGACUGUCUUGCCACAUGAUAAUCGUAAAUACUUAAUAUAUUAUACAACUUAAAUUAUAAAAUAAUUCAAACAGUACGCAUGCUCUGAUUGGCCAUAAAACCAUUUUACAUGAGCGUAUGUAAACACGGUUUUCGUUCCUCUUUCAUAAGUUAGUUUAUAAAAGAAAUGUAAAAUGGUUUCUGUGUUUACAUAGCCUGAUGUAAACACGUGGGAGGUUGGGAGAACACAAGAUAAGCGUAGGAAACCACGACGCGAAGCGGAAAAGCAGAAACCAUUUUACAUUUCUUCAAUGUAAAUAGACCAUUAAAAAUAUUUUGAUUGCCUUUUUAUCUGAAAUUUUAUAUAAUUACCUAAAGAAUUACAGAUGUUGACACUGUCUUUUUCUGUUCUAAUGUUAAUAGAGAGAUCAAUCGAGCAGCUGGGAAGUAUGUUCCAGGAUCAUCAGAUCUAGACAAGACAGAUCUUGGACAGUAAGUUUCAUGUAAAAGUUGGUCAGUAUGAAAGUGUGUCUCCAGUAAGAUACAAAGCAAAUGGAAAGGAAAAGGGAUGAUAUGGACUUGCUGAAUAAACAGCUUGUUUAGUGCCCCUCGAACUUUUCAAAUGCUUCAUAUCUCAGUGAAGCCACACUGAAGCAUGAAGUAUUGGUUGAUGACAAUUUUAACUGAUUAAUUGAAAUGUUGCUUAAAAUGAAAUCCUAUCUGCUGUGCUUCUGAUCAAUGUAUUGAUACAUGCACAUGUAUCAGUUGUUACUCUGUGCAAGAGGAGUACAAAGCAGGCCUUACAAUUGAAUUAUAAUUAUAAAUUUAUUAGCUAUGCUAUAAUUUCCUGUCCUUUAGAGGCAAUAAACACACAGAUAUGCUGUAUAUAAAGGUCGGAGCAAUCAUGAUUUUCUUAACUUAUUUUGGUCAAUUUUCCCUUUCUUUUGACAGAUCCCUGACAUUUGUUUAUCCUUUUGGUGCAACACUGAAUGUAGUGAAACCAGCCAUUUCUGUUUUAUCAACUGGUAGUGUGUCCUUCCCACUGAACAGACCAGUUUGUGCCUUCCACUCAUCAAGAGUAAGUUUGAUGUGCCAAUUUCAUUCUUUAAAAAUUUCCUAACUUUUGCACAGCUGCAAUGUCUAUGGCAUGUGAAUCUCUGAUCAUCUUUCAAAUUUAGAGACAGUCAACUGUUACCCCGUGGACACUUUAUGACUACAGACACUCUUAAUCUCAGGCCAAAACUGCAAAGAAUUAUUUCUAGGAAAUGACCUUUGCUUUUAGAGUACUUCAGACACUUUUUUUUCCCAAGGAAAAUUUUAUUGUCUUGCUCUCUUUAUUAUGGACAAGUUGGCCAAUAAAUUAGCUGUUAUGUUGUCUUGCAUAUCUAAAUCUUAAUAGGGUUUAGGCUUAACCUGAAAUUAGUUACUGGUAUUGUUUCCCCUCCCCUUCCCCCACCCCCUUUUACUAUUGCCUGCUAUUAUGAGUAGUAAAUGAUGAUCUCUCAAGGGCAUUUUUCUUUUAACUUCAGAAUCAAAUUGAGCAUAUAUAGUUGAGCCAUCAGUCACUUUUUAGGAUCUCUACAUUACAUUACAUUGCCUAUUUCAUUGCUCACCCCCCCUUAAUUUUAUUUUGACAUAAAAUAUUUUCCUUAGUAUUCAAAAGGUAAAUUGGUCAUCCUGGGCUCUGUGCACAUGUUCAGUGAUCAAUAUCUGGACAAAGAAGAAAAUGCAAAGGUUCAGGUUGGUAAAUAAACAAAUUUUUCAGGACAACAAUUUUGUUAUCAUCCUUGAAAACUGUGUUUAUUUUCAAUUUAUUCUAGUUUAUCGUAGAACUAUAUACCACAUAAGUGAAUGGUGCUUUUUGUGCACUGAUUGGCUAGUUUGGAAGUGAAUAGUGAGUACUAUUCACCUUUGUGUUGGUAAAUACUAAAACAAUUAUUCACCUCAGUGUCAGUGAAAAUGGUGGAUAAUACCUCACUGCUUGGUAGCUUGGUAAAUAUCCACCCCUAUUCACCUCCAGUAUGGUGAAUAAUUAUUAAUUUGUUUAAUUUUUUUUUUUUUUUUUUUUUUUUGGAGGGGAGGGGGAGUUAAAUUUGUUAGAAAUGUAUGGAAACAAUACAGAGUAUUAGAUUGUAAGUUAGAGUGAGAGGGUUUGCAUAUUACUUACUAACAAACAAUUUUCAUGAUACUUUUAAAUAUAGUUAUUGUAGUACUGUCUGGUAAAUUUAUUAUAUGGACACAUCUCUCUUUCCAGGAUGUGGUAUUCCAGUGGCUCACAUCAAAUGACAUACAACUCGAUAAUAUUGAUGCAGAGGACCCUGAGGUAUUUUGAUUUUUGUCUUUGGUUAUUUGACAUGCAUUAAAGGUUAUAUUAUAUUUUAUCAGUUUUCCAUAGUUUGUAGCCAGAGAGAGAAGUUUACCCUUUAAACUCCUAGAAUUGAUUAACAAGUAAAUUCUCCUGAUAAUUUCCAUAUACUAUCUAACAAAGUGGUAAUUAGAACACUCGCACUUAUCAGAUAGUAGUUGUGAUCUUGAUUUAACACCAAAUUCUCAUAACUAACUCAAGGAAAAUUGUAGUGGCUAGAGGGGAAAAUUAAUGAUUUGUCUAUUUUAGAUUUCAGACUACCAUUACAUCCCUGACAUUCCAAGAAUGUCAGAGAGGCUGAGAGUUUGUCUUCAAGAAGGAGAUGAGGUACAGUAUAUGUCAAUGUGUGAUAAUGAUGGAUGAUUGUCAUCACAAUGUUGUCUUACAUUAUAACAGGCAGAGGAAUAUAUCAUUGUCUGCUUUAAGUCCUGGAGACAAUGGCUACUUGUUAAUAAUUAUUUAUUUGUGUUAGGUAGCUGUAAUCAUAUUUAAGACAAUACAGUUGUCAUUGGAAGUUGGUAGGUGGUAGAAACCCACUGGCUGUCAGACUGUUUUGCACUGGCUAUUUUCUGAAUUGUGAUCAAAGAUGGAAAUUAAGUAUUAAUGAACUGACUCUAGCAUGAAUGUCUGGCUAAAGAAAGUUACUCAUUGUCCCAGAAUGCUAAGAAUCACAUCUCAGAGUGUUUCAAAUUUAAAUUUUUUUGGGGGGAGAGCAUGCCCAAGGCCCCUUUAGAAGGGCGUAAUGCAAAGCUACACACCAUGUUUGCUAUGCAAGCAUAAUUCAAUUAAGCCACCAACUCAGUUCAGAUUAUACAUCUAUUACAUUUUCUAUUGACAAUCAUGUGUCACUGAAGCCAAACACUAAAAACCCAUGAGCUACAGUUGAUUGGGAAGUCUGAUUGUCCAUGCAAGGGUGGAGCUAAAAAGAACUGCGUUGGUGAUAGGGAUGAGCGAUUUUAUAAGCCAAGAGGAAGUUUUUGUCAGAGACAUCACAUGUGAAUCUGACCUCAUAGUGGGUGUUCUCUAUGGGGUGUGCAUCAGUCUUAAAUUUGUGAGUCAACUAGGGUAGAUUUUAUAGUUGAAAGUUUUUAAAUUGGUAAUCUUACAGUGUGACACUUGUCCUCUACAGAGUGUUGGAUCAGAUAUCACAAAAAUGUUUGACGAAAAUCUGUUCAAACUUGACACAAGUGUAGUUCCAGCUGCCAUAAGGUAAGAUAUUAAAAAAAACCUUAAAAUUUAUCUCUGCUGCCUUUUUACUGAUUACAUUUUGCAAGUUUGUGUUCACUCUGGAAGUGAAGAUCUAAAAAAAAGGGAGAUCAUGAUCAGCUCACCAACAACCCUUUUAUAUAUUUCAAUCAUAACAAUUGCUCUCACCUCAAAGCCUUCCUUUCAAGGUUUGGACUUUGUGUGUUGAAUUUUAAUUAGAAAGUAACACCAGAGUAGCAAGAACAGGAAAAACCAAUGUAACAGUACAAUGUGAUUAUGAUAUUUGCUAGUGGGAGCCAUUGGUUUCCUUGGCACCUUUAGUAACUUGAUAUUGAUUAAACCGAUGGCAAGAUAAACAAAGAAUGAUGAUACAAAACAUAGGGUAGUAAGGGUUUGAGACAAAUGUUGUGUAAACUAAAACUUCAGGAACACAUUCCUCAAACAGCACAAUCACAGUAUUGAAUAGCAGUCAUUGAUCACUUUCGAAUAAAAUUGCAUACUGUUAAGUUAUUUAAUAAAGGCUGAUAUUUCUGAAUGUUGUUCUUAUAUCACAGAGCAUAUGAAGACCUAAGAGUGAAGCAUGAACCACUUUUACUAAUAACUCCACAGUUUGAGACUCCUCUUCCACCACUUCAGCCUGCGGUAAAUUAAUCAGUCUCCUUCAAAUUGAAAAGUUAUUCUGAAAAUAAAAGCUCUAUAGCAUGAAAAAUAAGCACUGGUCUGCAAAUCUUAAUAAGUUUUAGUCAGUUAAGACAUUGUCUUCAUUAAAAGAGUAAGAUUAUUAUGAAAAAUUAAUUUAAAAAAAACUACAGACAUGUGCAUGGCAUAAUGGGCAUACCAUACCACAAGCCAUUCAAGGAUCAGCACUUUGUGAAAUCUAAAGGAUUUCUUAUGACAUCUCUUACAAAGUUAGGGGUAUUGAAAUCUUCUGAUCAGUACUACAAGAACCAUGCUCUUCCUGGCUAUGUGCUCAGGAUUAGUUUUCCUGUAAUUUUUAAAAAUAGUUUUAAAAUGAGUGACUGUAUAGAGAGUUAUGUUGGAUCUUUUUCCCCUUGCUUUGCUCCUUGAUUUUUCAAGAAAACUCAAGUCAUUCUCUCAACCAACUUAAUGUAAAAUGGUUUAUUUUUACACCCUCAAAUAUUCGCAGUUUUUCCACUGAGUUCUCAUCAGCUCCAUUUGGUAUUCUCCUUCUCUCUGAUUGAACUCUGUGAAAAUUUCUUGAAGUGUUCAUUCUUGUUUUAAUUAGGAGAGUUAUUACUUUCUCUUGAGACAUACAUGAAAAUUAAUGAGAGAAUCUAAAGUGACUCACUUGAUAAUUAAAUUUUUUUUUCUUGUAGGUGUUUCCACCAACAUUUCGUGAGCUACCUGCUCCAGCAUUGGAUUUGUUUGAUUUGGAUGAGUGUUUCUCAUCAGAGAAGACAAGGCUGGCUCAGAUAACAAACAAAUGUGAGUGCACCAAUAUGCCAAAAUAUUAUUGUUGGUUAUUUGAGUGAAAAACUACUCCCAUAUUUGGUGGAGUUGCAAGGACUGCCAGGUUGUGUCUGUCCUCUCAAAGGGUAGAAAAAAUAUUUUAGAGUUAAUUUGUCCUUUUUUUAGGUACUGAAGAUGAUCUUGAGUAUUAUGUCCGUGAGUGUGGUGAUAUCCUGGGAGUUUCCAGCAAGCUGCCAGCUUCCUCCAGAGAUGCUAGACAUAUACUGGAUUACAUUUUCCAUCAAGUUGUGGAGUUUAAAAAAUUGAAUCAGGUCAGUAUUUGACUUUCAUUGCUUGAAUUUACACUUCACAUAGCUACAGGGAUCUAAGCUUAACUUUUUUUUGUCUAAGGCCACCAUUUAAGGAGGCAAAAUCAUUUUGUGAUCACCAGAAAUAAAUUAAAGGUUGUUAGAGGAAAAAGAUAGGGAAGGAAAAUUGCGUGAGCUAUCAUAUCACUGACCACUCUACUUGUCUUUGAAAUAAGUGGGACUGCUGUUUUUUCAUUUGUCAUAUGAUUAGCAGUUGGGAACAAUAAGGCAAAUUUUUCUUUAAAGUCAGUCACUAAAAGUUUUCCUAGUCACCAUAUGGACUAAAACAGGUACAGAAUGGAGUACUUGGCUGUCUAAGUGGACUUAAAAAGCUGGAUCCCUUCUGUGACAAAUUCUGGGAACAAUCUAAUGGUAGAAGCCUGUGCUACAGAUCACAUUUUUUUACCAUAACUAUAGUACCUUACUAUGGACUUCUUUGAUUCCUAUUUGGUGCAGGAACCCCCAGAUGAUCCUUCAAAUGAGCCUGACUUUGCAGACGUCAUGUGAAAUAGUCACAUUCAGAUCUUGAUUAAUAUAAAAGCCUUUGUGGAAAAGAGUUGUCAUAAACUUAUUUAUUAAAGUGGUCUGUAGAGAUGCCAGCCAGAUUAAUUGAAGGACAGUCCUUUAGACAACUUUUUUUCAGUAGGAAAUUUUGCCUCAAUUAGGGAAUCUUCUGGUUUUAACUACCUCCACCCUUCAGAGCAUUGGUGUUUUUAGCUUCUUACAGGCUUGAUUAAACACCAAAUUCUCUAAGUUAAUAAUGUAUGAUAACAGGUGUAGAAGUGAAAAGGAAGGAUUUUGAAGCUGAUUAUGUGAGUUAUUAACUAAAAGGAGCUGUGCAGUGAUGUAAUAAUUCAUUUUUAGCUUUAUUGAGAUUGGCUUGUAGUUUAGAGCCAAUUUUGAUUGAAUGUUGUAAAACCAUAUGAAAUGUAAAUAUGCAUACAAGUUGAAUUAAAAAAUUAAUGGUACUUCGCAUGAAAGUGCAAGAUGUCAUGUUACUGUUUUACAAACUAAUAAGAUCUGCAAAGCCCUAGAGAUAAAUAAAUAAGAUGUUGACAUGUGUCUGGUCUGGGACAGUAUGCAGAUGACAUCAAAUGUGGUAAAACUAUGGCAAGUGGAGGUCUCAUGCCAUUUGGGGUGCCCCUAAAUUGUUUUGGCUAUAUUUUCAUGCCUUCUUUGAUCUGUUACUUAAUCCUUUAACUCCCAGAAGUGAUGAACAUGAAACUUCUGCCAAUGAUAUCCUUAAAUUAUCCAGUAGACUUCUAAUGAGAAUAUUCAAACUUAUCAGCUAGAAGUUAUCUUCAUCUAAUACCAAAUUCUCAUAACUAAUUUAUAAGGAUAUGUGUAGCAGCCAGAGGGGAGAAUUAACAAUCAGAUCUUGGGAGGUAAAGGGUUUAAUGGUGGAUGACUAUAGAGUAGGAUCUUUUAUUGAGUUUGAGCCAAAUAGUGAAUUGAGUUAUAUGACGGUGGGGAUUCCCUGCCAAUUCCCUGCACAUGGUGGGAAGUGGAUAUUCCACAAAUCCUUUGAAUUUAAACUAUGUAGAACUGAUAAUUCGGUUCUCCUCCAAACUUUUUCUGGAAAAAGAAAAAGAAAAACAACCAGCACAAAAUUAUUGAAACAUGCUACUUCCAGCUUCCUACCUUUUGAUUUUUGGGCAAGAUUCCUCAGAAGACUGGUAACUAAGGCGAAUGAAAAUAACUUAAAACACUGAUUUUCUCAGCGGCGGCGAUAUCGGAAGACAUAUAAGAGGUCACGUAAAAUAUUAACAAGAAAUGAUUCGGUGGAGAAAACCAUUUUCCUCUCCGAAGGUAACCACUCGAACAUUUUGUAUGGUAUCUGUCAAAAGAGCGCGGUUUGCAAUCCAGCAGGCUUGGAAGCGAAGGUGAGUCCGAGAAAUUCCUAUUGUACACGCUAGCAGCCAUGUCGAAAAAGAAUUAUUUGGAAUUCCUCUUACUCCUUAAGUUUGUUAGCGUCUAACGAGAGAUGACUAACCUAAUUGUUAUUUUAUUGAUUGUGCCCCUCUCUUUGGCCGAUGAAACGUGUAACAGGGACGCUGAUAAGUGUGAAGACAAAGCUUUCAAAGUAAAACACGCGAAGUUGUACUCCAUAGCUCCUUCUAGAAGUGAGCCUGAUGUCAAUAUUUCUUCAGCUUUGACUCUUAACGACGGCGUAAAAAUCCCCAUCUUUGGAUUGGGUGUCUACCAAGCAGGAUCUGGCGUGGAAACUAAAAAUGCCGUACGAUGCGCUUUGGAAAAUGGGUACAGACAAAUCGACACUGCUGCUAGAUACAAAAACGAGGACAGUGUUGGUGAAGCCAUCAAGGAAAGCAAAAUUCCACGAGAAGAUAUAUUUGUGGUCACAAAGUUAUAUGACGAUGAUCACGGCUUCGACAAAACGCUAGCAGCGUUCAAUAAGAGCUUAGGAAAAUUAGGAAUGGAAUACGUGGACUUGUAUUUGAUGCAUUCUCCGGUUCCUGAUAAUGUAAUAUCCUCAUGGAGUGCUAUGGUCAAGCUACGACAGCAAGGACUAGUUAGGUUUGUAGAAAUCUUCAUGUAACCGGUGUGCGACGAAUGAUAAUGGGUUUUUUUUUUGUCUCAAUUUGUCAGAAUUUAUUUGAAGUUUCACUGUUCAUACAAGCAGGGUAAGUCUUGUUUAGAAGAGAACUGAGAAGGCUUUGACUUCGAGCAUGUCCACAUUACCUCCUCCUCCCCCUCUGCCUGUCUUAACGUACACUUUCGUGCAUUGCCUCAGGCACACAUAACAUGCCAUCAUUCAAAUAGUGACGUUAAAAAAUACUAUCUCAGGAAUGUGAUUUGCACUUCUGAAAAAUGCUAUUAAUAGUGGUAUGCUUGGGGAACUCCCAUAAUAAGAAGGGACCAGAUUGCUUGUCAAAAAUUUUGAAGGAUUCCCACUUCAGCACAAUGGAAUUAUUUACUAUGAAGAGUUCAGACUUGGCUUAGAAUGAGUCUAUUGCCACUGUAAAAGAAAAAGAGAUCAAGAAGUGUCUAAGUCAUGCUAAUUAUUGGUAAUAAAUAUUUUGAAAUUUUUCUCCACAGGUCAAUAGGUGUGUCUAACUUUGGUAUUCACCACCUUGAAGAACUAAAGAAGCACUCAACUGUUAUGCCCUCUGUCAACCAGAUUGAAGUUCAUCCCUUUUUACAAGAAAGUGAUGUGGUCAACUAUUGUAAAGAGGAAGGCAUUGCCAUCCAGGCUUACUCACCAUUGACAAGAGGCGAGAAACUUGACCACCCAACAAUUAAAGCUGUUGCUGAUAAGCAUGUAAAAACUCCAGCACAGAUAUUAUUGAGAUGGUGUAUACAGAAAAACUAUAUUUGUAUUCCAAAGUCUAGUCAAUCAUCUCGUAUUGUAGAAAAUGCCAGUAUAUUUGACUUUCAACUGUCUACUGAGGACAUGAAUGUUUUAGAUGGGUUAGAAGAAGGAUUUAGGACUGGAAGACCUAAAAUACAAGAGCCUUGGAAGGGAUAGCAAAUAAAGAAUUAUGCUUCAGAAACUAUAUUAUGUAUGUAGAGGGGUCCAAUAUGCAAGUCUGAUAAGAUUGUUGCUAGAAAAUUAAAAUGUAAGGGGGGGUAGAGAAAGGGGGGAUCAAAGAGCCCAAGAGAGAGGGAGGUUGUUUAGGUUAUUUGCACUCAAGCUAAGAAAUUGUCAAUUAAAAGUGGAAACAAAAUUUGUGAAAUACUCAAGUUUUAACAUUGUAAAACACUUUAAAAACAGGUUUUAAUUACAGGCAAUAAGGCUCUAGAAAUAGUAAUAUUAUAAGAUAAAACUGCAUUGAAUAAAUUACAUUAAAACAAACCAAAGCAAAGGUAUUUAUUUUGAACAAGAUUUGGCAAAAUUGUUCCUUAAUUUGCUAUUGUAUUAUUUAAAGUUGAAGUAUUUAGUUAAUAUAGAAAUAAAAUUUUGAUGUAUCUUAGUUUUGAUUUUUGACACUAUUGU